GAUAUGAGCCCAGUUGGAGAGAAGCGCACUGAUCAUCCAAUGGGUCAAUCUCAGCGAGUGUAUCCCCAGUCUGGACCCUGUGAGCGGCUCUGACAGAUUUCUCCGCAGCGACACACACUUGGCAGCGUGAAGGCACCUGGAGAGUUUCUUUUUUUCUUCUUCCUAGAAGUCAACUCGAGAGAAAAAGCGCAGCAGCGAUGACAGCCGAGUUUAUUUCACGUGGAAGUGACUGAGACCCGCAUCGUUUUAUCCGAUUGACUUUUCUGUGAGGAUGCCAAGGAGAAACAGGAUGAAGUCCGUUUUUAUAACUUUGUUACUCGGCGUGGUUGGGGCUCUAGCUAAUAAGGACUGUUUGUCGGGACAGUAUACAUACACCGGAGAAUGCUGUAAGCAGUGUCUGCCCGGGGAGGGCGUCACCAGGCGCUGCGGACUCAAGCAGACCAACUGCACCGCCUGCCUGGACAGUGAAACCUUCUCAGAAAGCUUGAGUCAAACAGAGACAUGUCAGCCGUGCACAAUGUGCUCAGGUCUGCUCCGCAUGAAGUCGCCCUGCACAGACUCCAACGACGCCACCUGUGUCUGCAACUACAGCUACUACUUGAAUACAAUCUCUCAACAGUGUGAGCACUGCACAAAAUGUCCUGAGGGCCAGGGGAUGCUGUACAGCUGCGAGUUUGACCAUGACACGGUGUGCGAGGAGUGCGAAGAGGACACAUACUCGGACCAGGAAAGCUCUCGGGAGCCCUGCAUCCCCUGCACCACCUGCGAUGACGAUAUGAUGUUAAAGGCCUGCACUUCUACGACUGAUACCGUUUGUCAAGCUCCUACAGUUUCUGAAGAUCCCCUGUUCUAUUCAAACUUCACGCCCACCUAUGAUUACUUUUCACCCGACGACCUUCCACCAGGGGGCCCUCCGGACACCACAACCCCCAUCAGUACCACCAGCUCCACCACCAAUGGUGACUCUAAGGAGCCGAUCUACCAUCUGAACGACAAACUCAUCCCCAUCUACUGCUCCAUCCUGGCCGCCGUUGUAGUCGGCCUCGUGGCCUUCAUCAUCUUUAAGAGGUGGAACAGCUGCAAGCAGAACAAGCAAGGAGCCAACAACUGCACAGCCAACCAGAACCAGACCCCGUCCCCGGAGGGAGAGAAGCUGCACAGCGACAGCGGCAUCUCUGUGGACAGCCAGAGUCUGCAGGAGCAGCAGGGCCAGACUCAGGCUCAGACAGUUGUCAACAUGGAUGAAGAGCCGUGUUUGCUCCUUCCUCUCCACACCAGAGAGAAGGUGGAGAAGCUGCUGUUCAGUGGCAGCGAAGGAGACGAUUGCAACCACAUGGAGGACAGCGACUGGUGCAACCUGGCGGGCCUCCUAGGAUACGAGGAGGAGCGGAUCGCCACCUUCCAGCAGGAGGAGCAUCCCGUCCGCGCGCUCCUGUCUGAUUGGGCGAGCAAGGACUGCGCCAGCCUCGACUCGCUGUGCACGGCGCUGCGCAAGAUCAACCGUGAAGACAUCGUCCAGAGUCUGGUGCUGAGUCCGAGUGCUACGAAGCCCACCGCCACUUCUGUAGUGUGAUUCUAGAUUUAAAGUGAGCAAACCUUAACCUUAGUAUUAUUCCUUGGCAACCCUCACUCCAUAUAAUUCAUGCUAGAACCGCUUCAAGCUAUUCCCUCAAGAAGCCAGCAGUCAAAAACCAUACAGUAAGUCCUGAGAAAUCAUUUUCAAGUUUAAUCACAGGGAACCGCCAGAAAUUAGACAAAACUGAAUGAAUACCAAAGUCCCUUAUCAAGCCCAACCCUUCACGAUGUGCAUAUUAUCAAUACUUUUUAGAAUCCACAUAACGUAAAGCCUAUGUCAAAAGGAAACUGGCUAUAAUCAUUCCAUUUUGGAGCAUGUCUAUAUCCACACAUAUUUCUUCAUUAUUUACAAUCAAGAUUAGCAUUCUCUCACUUUUUUUCUCAUAACAAAGCAGCAACUAACUGAAUUUAACAUGGAUUGCUGGAUCUUUUAUCCAACAUACAGAUAUCCCCUACAUCUUUACUCGUAAAUAUUCAUAGUCUUUCCCUCAGUGAUGGCGUCAUUAGCCAGUGUUGUAUCUCUAAAUGUUACCUUGUAAAUCUAUGCUACCAAAGAGGAGAAAAACGUCUCCAGACAAUACCUGACAAGCAACAUUAUUUACAUGCCAUGUCAGACUUUUGCUGCCAGAUGUGGAUAUCACAACUCUGAGGAAGGAUGCUUUUCAAAUAAACCUGUUCUCCUUCUGCAAAGAUUUAAGACAUUGAGCUGCGAGGAAUUAAUCUGGACUAAGUGGUUUCUGCAGACUCUUCUUUGUACCCGACAAGUGCUUUGAGAACUGAAGGCUGGACUUUGCCAACCAGGUGGUCUGGGGGGGCACGUCAUUAAGCGAGGCAACAUGAGACACUAUUCUAUGUGCUCAGGCCGAUCUGCAUAGCACAGGAGCUCCAACACAGACUCCUUCAGACUGAAAAGAAAAUGAGCAACUAUGUAACUGUAUGUAUAAAGGCAGACAAGCACACAUACUGUACGUAUACACACACAUAGGCCUACAAUAUGUAACCAUGCAUGCACGAUCCAAACGCACUCAAAGGUCCCAUAAACAUUUACAUUCUUCUCAACAGAAAGUAUCAGAGCGCCAUUCACCCUCUUCCUACAUCAUAUCCUCCCAAACCGGCAUCCAACAGGUGACCUAAAUAACAAUAAACCACACCCACGUGACCAUUGCCGGAAGUGAUAAACAAUAAGAAUUAAACGCGAUGCAAACAGAAAUGAAGAUAAUAAUACAAAUAAUAAGUAAUGGCAAAACAAGCAUUUUGGCUCCUACAGGUGUCUUGUUUCUUUAUUGUCUGGGACAAUGACCUCUGGAUAAAAGGCACGUCAGUGGAGACAUAAGUCAAAGGAAGUGGGAUGAUCCGACGGAGGUAAAGGGAAAGAGUUUUGGAUUACUUAAAUGUAAAGCUGAAACCCAGGAAUCUGCAUUUGCAUAAAUCAGCUUGUUUAAGUGUAAAGCAUGUUGUGUUGAUUUGAAUUGGUCAAAUUCUUACUGAGGACCCCGAGCACCUAGCAUUUAUUUUUUAUUUUGAGGUGUAACAUAUUUUAAAGGAGCAGAUAGGUUACUGUAAUCUUACCUAUAUCACCGGCUCCAUCUGUUACCUUUUCAGGUACAGAUUGUAUAUUGUUACUAACCACUAGCGUCAUGCUGUAGUGUUACAUUAAAUGAAGGUAUUCUCACUCUACUCUCUAUGGGUUGUUGUAUUUUAAUACCCAUAAUAACUGUAAAUGGUAUUAUGUUUCUCUUAUUGUCCUAUAUUUUAGUAAUUAAACGUGUCAUUAUGUAUUUUUCGCAUCACAAGUGCCUGGCAAAAUAUUUCAGGUAUCCGCUGAUGUUGUACAUUUGUUGUUUAUAGCCGUUUUUGUAAGUAUGUUUUCUUCAGUUGUCGUUUUUUUAACUUGUAAAUACAUUUUUCUAGUUUUUAUUUUAGUUAAAGCCUAGAAGGCUGUAACUGUACAAUAUCUAUGUGAAUGGGACGUUGUUACAAUAUCAAUGCUGUCCUAGUUUAAGAAAGGUCAAGAAGGGCAACCGGAAGGUAGGUGAGCCUUUGCGAGGUACUUUUAAAUAUAAUGAUUCACUAUCAGAUGUGUGAAAGCAGUGGCGUCAUUAAGACUGGUCAUGAAUAGGGAACACAUAUUUAAAAUGUCGCUAUAAGGCGAAUCAGAACUUUAAAAGCUUUAAUCGUCAAUUUGGAAAAAAAAUACUGCCAGCAACCAAACUCUAUACAACAUUUUAAUACUCUGUGAUUUGAGUGCACUGUAAAGAAAGUCCAUCAUUUUGCAGUAUGACAUUUUGGAAAACAUGCCAUUUAGAUUGAGAGUAUACAUGAAAAGAACAAUACCACUACAGCCUUAUCGAUGUAAAUUCAGGCAGACAGAGUUACACAAAAUUAAAUAUAAUUCUGGCAGAUAAUCCGUAAUGAUGGGAAAUUUGACAGACAUGUACUUUAUUAGCCAUUACUACAGAACCACCUUCCAUGAAAGCCUGUACAAUAACUCAACACUGUCUUCAGAGAUGUGAACUGUGACUGAAGAUACAUCUUAUUUUCCUUGGGCAGUAUUUGUUUUGUUUCAAAGAUUUGAGAGAUUUAUUUAGUGACCAGACAUUGAAUUGUGUGUACAGUUAAAACCAACUGAAGGUGACACAACAUGAUUUUGCACUUGAGAGUAACAAAGCAGUCCUGCAGCAGGGGUUAAAGGGAAGAUGCAGGGAACUAAAGUCUGUUUGGAGGAUAGUGUUUUUAAAAAGCCCUGGUAAUGUAGCUCAAGAAGCAAGUCAGACAGUGCAUCAGGAUUGAAUUGUACAAUAAUGAAUGUUCCGUGUAUACCAAUACAUAUACUGUACUAUACUUAAUGUGAAUUUGCAAAACUCCUACAUCAGACAAGUUAAACCAAUAAUAAAGCUCUUGAAUCCA